UAUCUCGACCUUUAGACAUUAUGAUACUAUUAUCAAUAUCGCUCACUUGCCUUACUCUACAAAUACUUAUUAUUGCCAACCAACAAUAUGCAGUUCCUCAAAGCCUCUACUAUCCUUUCUAUUCUAGCAUUCGCUGCUGCAACCCCUGUCCCUGAGGAAAACGCCCAAGCUCUCUCUAUGGUCAAACGCAUGCCUGCAAACAACGUCCCUGCUGUGCCUAUUUCGAAACGUACUGACGCUGGAUUAACGGACCUUAUUAAAGAUGAAGAUCACCACUCACUUACAAAGCGGGUUAACAGUAUGACUUUCACUGUUCCUAGCAGACUAGCAUCUGCUACCUAUGCUUUUGGAGUAGUCUCCUUCAAGCUUGUUCAACAAACUGCGGAAACCUGGACUAUCCAAGUUACAAACCUCGCUGUGGAGUCGAUUACAGCCUAUGUCAAGAACCUUUCCCUAGACAUAGAUAUUUUCGCGGAAGCUGUUAAUGGACUUGGAAAGGCAACUGAAGAAGGAGUUAAAAUUAGUGGAGGCGAUCGACUUGAAUUCUCGUAUAGCUAG